AUGGCGGGCGUGGCCAUGGACGUGGCCCAGUUCCAGCGCGAAUGGGCGGUGGCCGAGGGCCAGGGCAAGCCCUGGCUCGACGCGGCCGCCGGCGGGGAGGCGAUGCCGCGCGCGCCGCGCAAGACGGCGCAGGCCGCCUCCCUGCUCCUGCGGCUGACGCGGGCCCUGCCGCGCGCGGACCUGCUGCGGGGGAUGCUGGAGCAGCUGGCCGAGGAGCUCGUCCCGGCGAUCUACCGGGACUGGCCGGCGCACGCCUCCCUGGGGGACCUGUCCGAGGCGGACCUCCAGGCGGAGAGCAUCGACAACAUGACGCCGUACUUCGCGCUGGUGGCGGGCCACCGCUGCCUGAGAGAGGAGACGGGGAACGAAGAGCGCGGGCGGAGGAGGAGGCCGCGAGGGCCCGGGCCGCCGUGGGCAACGUGGCGCCCCUGGAGGCGGAGCUCGCCCGCGUGCGGCGGGAGCUCCACGCCGCGGAGGAGGGGCGGGCGGCGGCGGAGCGCGCCACGGCCGCCGCCGAGGCGAGGAUGGAGGCGGUCGAGGGCUCGUGGGCCGAGUUCCAGAGGCAGACCCGCACGCUGCUGA